AAUAAAGAGAUUUACGGGCCAAUCUUCUCAUCAGGGGAAGCACGAAUUUGUGAACAAUUGGGAAUCUUCCCCACAAGAAUCUGAUGAAGCUAAGUGGGAGCCUCUGUUCUCCUCCAAAAGGAGUCACUCGAAUGUAUUGAGUUGGGGAGAUGGAAAAAAAGUCAAUCCAUAAUUGGUUACAAACUCCAUUACAUAAAAUUGACCACUUACCAGCUUACAUAUACAGCAAUUCACAAACGUCACUUGAGAUUGCUUGUCAACUUGUAACUAAGAAGAUAUUAUACUUCUAAUCAAAGAUCAAAACAUGUUGUUUUAGAUUAACCUUUGAACAGUUGACCAUUUACACCAUCAAGAACAGAACAGAGAGUGAAACCCUCUAUAAACAGAGCUUCAAUGGCGCGUCUCCCCGCAUAUACCAUACUUAUUUACUCAAUCAAUGAUGCUAGAAACCAAUUCCCCAUUAACGCUCGCAGCGACUGCCUUCAUCCUUUUCCUCACCAUACCCAUUUCCCCAUCUACUCCCCUUCAUUUCAACUACACUUCCUUUCCCGACAACUCCACCAACGACUUCAGUCGAUCCAACGCUUACAUAACCGCCGGCACAAUUCAGAUCACUCCCGAUUUCAUCCCCAACAUGUCGGGAAGAAUCUGCUACAGAAAACCCUUUCGGCUUCACAAAAACCGCGGCCGCGUCAAGGCAACUUUCACCACCACCUUCGUCCUCCAAAUCAACCCCAAGACUCAACCUCCAGGGGAAGGCAUGGCUUUCAUCCUCGCGGAAGACCCGGCCCUGCCCGAAAACAGCUCCGGGCAGUGGCUCGGGGUCGUCAACUCAAUCACCAACGGGUCGUCGUCUCGCGGCGUCGUGGCGGUCGAAUUCGACACCAGGAAGAGUUACCCUGAAGAUUUGGAUGAUAACCAUGUUGGGCUGGACAUUAACGGAGUUUACUCUGUUCGUCAGGAACCCUUGUCAGGAUUCGGCGUCAAUUUGUCCGCGUCCGAUAUCGUCACGGCCCGUGUUCAUUACGACGGCAGUAACUUGACGGUGUUUGUCUCGGAAAGAGUUGUGAUUUGGGAGUCGAUUGAUCUCUCUGUUCAUCUUCCUGAAGUUGUUCAUGUGGGAUUCUCAGGUUCCACAGGCCGGCUAAAUGCUCAACAGAAUUGUAUUCUGUCGUGGGAUUUUGCUGGUUUAGAUAUUGGGGAUGGGUGGUUUCGGUCAAUUUGGGUUUGGGUUCUUCUUUCGAUUGGAAUCUUGGGUUUGAUUUUCGGGAUUGUUGGGUUCAUCUACUAUCAGAAGAGAAGGAAAUUGGGCAGAGAGAAAACAGAGAAUGAAGGUCAUCCAAGUAUUGAAGAGGCAAUUCAAGUAUCUUCCAUGGCUCCCCUGAAGUUCAAAGUGAAGGAGCUCAUCGACGCGACCAAGAAUUUCAAUCACGAGAACAAGCUUGGCAAAGGUGGCUUUGGAACUGUCUACAAGGGGAACCUGAGAAACAGAGAGAUCGCUGUGAAGAGAGUUUCCAAAAAAGUAACGAGUCAAGUGAAGCAAGCGUUCAUAUCAGAAGUAACAACAAUCGGAAAUCUCCACCACAAGAAUUUGGUGAAACUAAUUGGAUGGGCGCAUGAAGGGCAAGAAUACCUUCUCGUCUACGAGUACAUGCCCAACGGAAGCCUCGACAAACUCGUAUUCGACGACGACGAAUCGUCGUCGUCGUCGUCCAUCAGAUGGGAAACGAGGUUGAACAUAGUAUCAGGAGUGGCACGGGCAUUGGAGUAUCUACACAGCGGCUGCGAGAAAAGGGUUCUCCACAGGGACAUCAAGGCGAGCAACAUAAUGUUGGAUUCCGAGUUCAACGCCAAGCUGGGCGAUUUCGGCCUGGCUCGAACCAUCAAACAGGCGGAUCAAACCCACCAUUCCACCAAGAACUUGGCGGGGACACUAGGGUACAUGGCACCAGAGAUUUUUCUAACUGGGAGAGCGACUCUGGAGAGCGACGUCUAUGCAUUUGGGAUUUUGGUGCUGGAAGUUUGUUGUGGGAGGAGACCUGGAGGCCAAUUGGACCAAGAUGGUUAUGCUAGCAGAAGCAUAUUGAACUGGGUUUGGGAGCUUCAUGGGAUUGGGAAGCUGAUUGAUGCGGCUGAUUGCAGGCUGAAGGGGGAUUUUGUGGAGGAAGAAAUGGGUUUUGUGCUUAGUUUGGGUCUUGCUUGUUGCCAUCCUGAUCCGUUUAAGAGGCCAACUAUGAAGAAUGUUAUUCAAGUUCUGGGAAGGGAAGUUGCAGCACCUGAACUUCCACCGGAAAGGCCUGGUUUUAUGUGGCCUCCUGUAGGUUCAGGUUCUGAAGGUGCAGGGUUUUUGUUGCUGGGAAGCCAAGUGAACUCGUUUACAGAAAUCACUGGAAGAUAGAAGUGUUUGUAAGACCAAUAUCCACAGCUGGAUUUCCUUCUCCCAAUGAAUGAUUUGCGAUGGGGAAGAACUUAGGUGUCGUUUAGCUUCAUGGAUUUUAGAACGAGAGAUUUGUCUUUGGUGUUGGAUUUCCAACAUAAUUUGAUUGAGCUUGUUACUAGUUGUAAGAUUUAAUCCAUACGGUUAAACCAUUUUACGCAUUGUGUGGGAAGUUAAUUAUCUUAAUAUGAAAUAUAUAAGUUAGAAACAGGGUUGUCAACCCGCGGGUCGACCCACUUUGACCCUGGUCCGGUAAGAAAAACGGGUUGUAAGCACCCGCCGGGUCGACCGCUACAAGGUAUCGGGUUGGAGGUCAAAUUGUAUUUUUUUUCUUUGGUUUGUGAAAUGCGCCUAUUUUUCGAAUUUUCUUUUGGCCUAACUUAAUCUUUGGAAUCCUAAGUUGAACAUUUGAAUAUUGAUGUUAUACAAGUGUGUGUGAAGUUUCACUAUAUGUUGGAUAUAAGUAACACAUGCUAUUUUAGUGGGAUAUUAUAUGUUAUAACUCAUAUUUUAGAUGAGAAUUGAUAUAAUUUAUCAGGAUAAGUAUAAUAUAAUGACUCUUUCCAUAUUUUCGGGUUAAACCGCGCUAAAACGGGUGCCUUGACCCACUACCUCGACCGAGUCCAGGUCAACCCGCGGGUUGACAACCUUGGUUAGAAAGCAUAAUCAAAAAUUUUCAUGAAAAAUUUAUAAAAUUUAAGUGAGUCUCAUAAUUAUAAGGUUGACUAGGCCAUCCAUUUUUUACCAACUUUGGCUCGAUCUAAUUUAAAACUAAAAGGGUGUAUAAAAUCAAGUAAGUUAUUGAAAUUGUUGAAUCCGAAUAAGCUAUGAUAUGCUUACAUCACAUUUGUGUGAACGUUUUGUAGGAUUGUGCGUAAUUUGAUGGAGUGCUAAGUCAUUCGUGACCGUUGAAUAAAAUUACCGUCGUAUCCCUGCAACAAUGGCAAAGAUCCAACAACGUCUAGCACCUGACCACAUCCUCACGAUUUGGGUGGCGAAGAGGAUAGCAAAAUUAGGUUGAAUCCACUUCUAAUUCCUCUCGUCUAGCAACAACCACUAUCCAGAUAUUAAAAUGUUUGAGAAAUUUUACCAUAUCGGUCGCUCGGACCGAAAAAUACCAGAUAACGGCCCCAAACCGUUAGGCGGUUAGAAUGAUAGAAAAUGUUUGAAUCGUGAUUUUAUAACAAAAUACGAUACAACUG